ACAUACCAGCACGGCUGACUGCAGACUGUCGAUCUGAGGUCCAAUCUGCUCCCCUCCGAAAGAAGAUGCAGGAGAUUUGCCUUGCCAGACCAGCCAGUCUCCAUCGAUUCGCCGUCAGAAAAAGAUGUGGCCUAAUGGCACCUCCCGCGGGACGAAAACUGUUCGGUUAGAAGCAGGACUGCCAUCCUGAGUCAAAAAGGGUUUAUCAUGGAAUUUGGUUUCAGUUUUCGUGGUUUGUCCUUAAGUUUUCCUUAAUGAAGCUUUUAUAGUUCGAUAAUCGAGAAAAUUGAUAAGAUUAGUUCACGUAAGGUGUAAAGUGCAUGAAACUGAAGAUUUUGGUCCGUCUGAUAGGAUUUUUCAAUGGGCAGAUUGUCAGUCUCUCUGCGGGUGGCGAACACAAAAAGAUCACCGUCUGUGUGGUAAAAAUCAUUCCAGAGGAUUCUGUGACACGCUAGAAGCAAUAUGAGUGUAUUUUGAGCAGUUCGUCACGAAAAGGUUCGAAACUUAUGUUUCAAGUGUCUGGCAAAGGUCCAUAGCGAAAAGUUUAAUUUUCAGCUGUAUCGAUUUAUUGUAUGUUUUUUUUCCCUUACUGUUCGCAAUUUUGACAUCUGUGAGGAGGAUACACAUUAAAUUUGGUGUUGCGUCGGUACACAAGGAAGAAUACACCAUAUAUGUCGAGAGAAGAUGAGAAAUCACCGAUGAGAGCAGAGGCUCCAGCACACCCCAGCUUCAUUACCAUCUCUGCCCGAUUUGUUCCAUCUUUAUCUUAAUUCUGAUGCUAUAGCAAUGUGCAUGCAACUGUCAAUUUGAGACCUCACUCACGCGUAACAUCGUGCGGAGAAAACGAACAGCGCGAGAAAAAGAUGAUUCGCAAAAGGAGCAUUUUCUUGCACGAGCUUUUCGCCCCAAAGAAAAGCUUGAGAUUGUGAUAUCGUGAUGCAACUGAGAGACCACGAAAACAACAGAGAACGAGUGAGCAAAAACGAAGAGAGUAAAAGUGCAACUACGCUCACGAUUUCGCUCAUUUGAGAGAAGUGGUUUUAGUGUGUGCUUUGGCCUGGGUGGUUAGUUAGAAGUGUCUCUGCUUUCCACCACCCACCACCCGAAAAAGCAUCACAAUCGGAAAAUUCAGUGUGUCGGUAGUGGUGGACUUUUCCAGCUUAUGUCAGUGUGUGUGCGUGUCGUGGCGUAGUGUCAGAAGAAGCGGCAAGCAAGCAGAGGGAUAUAAUUCAGCAGCGAAGUGAUCGCAGACCAACCUCGGUGUACAAGCUCUGGCUCUAGCCUGUUGGGCCGGGUAAUGACGUCAUCAAAGCCAACGCGGGGCACUUGCAAUAUAAUAUGGUAAUAUAAUAAUGUUGAGCUACUAACCAGCAUGCCGUCGCCGUUUUCGCCGAUACCGAUAAUUCCGUGGUGAUUUCUUUUGCAAAUAUCGAGCCACGGUGAAGGAAAAGUGAAGUGUAGAGAAGAAAUUGUGCAAAUAUUGCCCCCACAGGGACAUUCUGCCUUCAAGAAGAAAUCACUUCUCCGCUUUCGACCGUAGUGUUCUGGAUGCAUGCCGGUGUCAACGUGAGUGCAAGAAUAGAUAGCUGGCGUGACAUUUCCCUUCAUGUGGAUUUAUGGCUUCAUAGGUUCUCCAGUGUGGAAAAAAGAUAUACCAUGAGUGAAUUAGAACUGUGAGCUAUAAAAUGUCAAAAGCGGGGAAUCACUUCGCAAAACCUUGUAGUUAAAAGUUUUCAAUGGCUGUGGAAUUAUACUCAAAGUUAAAUGCGAUACGAAAAAGACUCAAGCGCGUUAUCAACGAAUCGACGGAUUAGCGGAAGAACAGUAUCAGACUAUAAGUCUUGGAAAGCGACCCGACGCGUCAUUCACUUAACUAGCAAAAAAAAGAAGUAAUACAGUGCCCCAGCAUGGCAGCUGUAGUGUACGGCAAUAGCCCUCGGCACAGUAGCCGCCAUCACCAUUCGGGCUCCGGGCAAAGCCAUCUCGGUGGAGUGACCCCUCACUCGCCCUAUCACCAGCAUCAGCAGCAACAGCAACAACACCAUUCACUGCCAUCUCACCACCAUGUGGCUGCUUCCUCGAUAACAGCUCUGUCCCAGCAGAUCAUCACUCCACCGACCUCGUAUCUGUCCACGUCGACAACUACGAUUUCGUCUACGUCCCAUCAACAGACGACAUACUAUCUGCACCAGCAACAGCAACAGCAGCAACACCAACAGGCGGUGCACUACCACAAUAUGCGCAACUCGAAACGGAAGUCGGCGGUGGAACUGCUCGCCGAGAGCAAACCGUUCUACGUCAAGUCGGAAAUGGUGCUGGAUCGGCAGCAGCAGCUCAACAUGCGGGGCGGAAGUUCCGGACCGGUGUCUGGAUCGUACAUGCUAUCGCCAUCCCGCACGCUUCCGCAGUCCAGCUCGCAGAUGCAGGUAUCGUCGCACCACCCGCAGUCCCAGCAACAGCAGCGACCAGCCAGUCGACGAAGCGCCUCGUCCGGCUCGGACCUGUUGCAAACGAAACUGCGCAAGCUACUCAACACCGCCGACAGUAAAGAGACAAUAAUUCCCUCGGACAUGGCCCUGAAUUCUAAAUACGGUCCGCCAACGCUGGAAACGACUUACAUCAGUGGAGCUGGCAUGCCCGGUAACGACUGCAUCGGUUACAUCCAGCCACCGAAGAACUACCAGCAGCAGCUGACCGUACAUCCGGAACAGCCGAGUGACGUCUCGGUGUUCUUCCCCAGUGCGUUCCUAUCGCCUCAGUCCCUGCCACCGCAUGCGGUAGGUGACGACGAUCUCUAUCUGUACAGUGUCCAUGAUAGCCUGGUGCUUACGGAUGACUACCGUGCGAUCAGUCCUCCGGCGGAAUAUGCCGAAAACAAUGCUUCCCCCGAGAAGCACAACAGCAGCCACAGACCCUAUCGUUCUAGCCGUUACAACUAUCAACGAUCGUACUCGCAUUCUCAAGCGGUUGCCCAUCAGGACGAAUCCGACUACUCGCCUACGCAGUCAUACAAUAUCAAUAGCCACAAGUCACUUCCAGAUCUACACUCGCAAAUCAGUCGCCACUCGCCACAUUCGGAAGCGUUGAGUUGCUGUAGUCGAGGCAAUCGCUCUAAUCGCUCCGGGAGCUCCUUCAACCGCGAUUCUGGGGGAUCCUCUGGGCAUUAUACGCACCACAGUGAACCUUGCUGCAAGCAACAGCAGCAGCAGCAACAACAGCAACAGAAGGACGCCCUAAUAAUGGGUGGAGGCGCGGACUACCGCCGUGACAGCGGAUCGUCCACCCAACAUAGCGGUAACUCAUACUACGCAUAUGGAAUUCCACCUCUGCGGUACGACUGCAUCGAAUGCCGCGCCAAGAUCCGAGAAGAAGCAGACUGUCUGCUGAAUUUCACCACUCCUGAAGUUCCGGAAGCGUUCCAGGAUAACUACAGUGAAAAGCAGAAACAGAAGUACUACGAUGAACCACGAGAUCGUGGAGCCGCUGCUCGUAAGUACUACAAAAAUCCUGGACCAAUGUCCCCACUGUCUCCGGUAUCACCGUUAUCGCCCCAAGAUCAGCAACUCGAUUUAAGCCCUCCGUUGGGAACGUUCAAGCGUCAGAAAUGCCUUCGAUUUAAGAACCGUGGCCGUCAGUCAGCCAUCAGCAACCCGAACUCCCGCUGCGGAGAUGGUCGCGGAAGCUCUGGCGGAGACGAAGACCGCCGACCGAUUCUACGCUCGAAGAGCGACAUCAGCGAUCGCUACUGGAACCGACUAACGGAGAGAAACGAUCGUGAGCGCGAUCGAGACCGAGAGCGAGAACAGCAGAAGCUUCUCGAGAAGCAGCGAUCGCGCUCGGACAGUCUAACGCAGCUGGAACAUUUCUUCGAUAGGCUAGGCUUGCACGACGAAACCUACGAGAGGUACAUCGCCCCGAAGGUUCCCAAAUCCCCCAAUUACAAGUCCAGCUCCGGCAGUGACAUCCAUCGACUAUCGCCGGAGGACACGGGUGACUCGGACGAAUCCAGUGCGGUGUUCUUCUCGGAUGUGAGUACGAUCGAUUCCACGCGGCUGCCGGACAGUACGGAAACGACCAACGAACAACCGAAAAGCGCUCCCGGACAGCUGACCGUAGCUGCCGCCCCGCUCAAUAGUCUGAACAAUCCGGCCUUGUACCGGCCCAGCGAGCCACCGUCGAUCAUCGAACGGAACGCCCGAAUCAUCAAAUGGCUGUGCAACUGCAAGAAGAUGCAACUAGCCUAAGGGUGGCUCGCGGGGAUCAACUGCUGCCAACGGAAUAUAGUUACGGAUAUUCUUCAAAACCAGGACGCUUUAGGAUGGUUUAGAGCAGGAACACUUACCUUUUGAGGAGAGGGUCGUCACGAGUCACGAUCUGAAACAAUAGGAAAAGUCAAAUGUCAGAUCGAUGGCGUGACAGUAGAAAUCGGGUCGCAAGGACACGGGAAUGACAUGAGUUUUUAUGAGCUGAAGUUAAAAAUAUCGCUUCCAAACUAUUGCUGAAUGAAAAUUAUUACUUCAUUUUUCGAAUUGUAAAUGAAUGAGCUGGGAGCGAAUAAUUUGCAAUAAUUCAAAAACAUGUGUCAUUUCAACUGGAUUACAGUUGCAUUUAUAUUCUUCCAGAUUAAACCAUUUCAAUCAGACAUUUUUCCAAUGUACUAUAUUUUUCAUUUAACACCCUCAAACAAUUUAACCGAGAACUCAACAGCUAAGAAAUGGAUGAUUUUUAAUACCAAGUCUCACUACUUAUUUUACCGAGAAGGUAGUAAACUCAUUUUUUACAAAAAUCUUGGCGAACGUUACCGAGAUUCGGUAAACAUUACCCGAGUUCUCGGUAAAAAGCACAACUAUUGAACACUAUUGCAUGUUGUUUGCAUUUUUAAUUGAAAAAUCAGCGAUUAUUGUUUUAUUAUUACACCUGAACAUGUUUCUGACAGCUCUGAAAAUAUGGGAACACAAUUCCAAAGUUGCCAGAAUUGCAAAAAUCUUCGUCAUCACUAGAAAUCAAAAGAUAAUAUUACGUCGAAUGAAAAAUCUUACUACAGUGUAAUCUGGGAAUAGUUGAUUGAAUAACUAAAUCCAACUUGCGGCCCGAAUUCAACGGUAAGCAGUGUAGCCCCCGCUACGACUAGAAUGUGGGAUUCAAAAACGGAAUAAUUCGGAACUCGUGGAACAAAACUUACGAAGUGAAUUGACAAGUGAUUAAUAAUACUAGCACGUAGAGUGUUUCGCAUAGCCAGUAGAGUCAGUAGGAAAUAUUCAAAUCGACCGUUAUUGCUACCAAGCCAAGAAACCACGCAGAAUAAUAAUGCAUGAAACUGUAGCCCGUAUGACCCCAUAGUGUGACGACUAGAAAAAAAAUAGUAGACAAGUAAACUAAGCCGAAUCAAAUCAAAACUACCCCGCCCCGUUUUUUCAAGCAAAUUAUGUCAAUCAAGUUUCGAAGACUAAUCAAAUCAAGUAUUACAAUACUACAAAAAACACAACACACAAACAAUAAGAGAGAAAACCAAAGAAAGCAAGCAACCGAAAACGAAAGGAAUUUAAUCGGAUACAGGAAGCUUGUUUAAAACAAUAGGAAGCAUCAGCGGAUGAACAUACACAGUAAAAUAAACAUCAUAAAACAAACAAUGUAUAUAAUCUGUAAGCUGGCUACACGCAACUGGUGAAUCAAACUUAAAACUUCCACCGUAGUGAACUCCGAAGUCGAAUAGAAGUCUAUAACGAUGUUUUUUUUUCUUACAAAAUAAACAAAUUUUCGGCCUGAUCUCGAAAUGUUUACGUUUGGUUGUCUAAGUCGGCUGAUCCAAAUUUGAUUAUUGAUAGUCUCGUCUGGACGAAAUUAUGGAUUUUUAUCAAAACCACAAAUGGAAAAUUUUGUACAAAAUAAACUGAGCUUCGGUUAUUGGGUCUAAUAAUAUGCAUAAGAUACCCAUGUCAAUUUAAUUCCGACGAAAGUUUGCUUUUUGUUUGAAAAUUCUCACAGAAAAUGUUUCCAUGCAAGUUAGAUAUUUUUCUGGAAAAGUUUUGCAGACAUCUUGGAGUUUCACAAGAAUUUCAUAAUUUUCAGAAGAUUACUCCAAGUUCAGCGCUCUUGAAGGACUGCCAGAUUCUGUCUGCUAGAAUCUAUUUGACAAAGAAUUAACCUGCCUUCUAGUUGUGUUGUCUACCUACCUAUUUGCAGGUUAUCUAACUAUUUAGAUCAAGAUCUAUAUGUGAUAAACCAUGAGAAUCUCCAAACAAAAAGCAAAUUUCAAUCUCAAAACGUUGAACCCUUUUUUGCUAGUGAAAUAUAUAUUCCAUGCAAAGCCCCUUGCAAAUUUUGGUACAACUGUUUAAAACAAGUUAAAGCAUAAAUCAUUUAAUACUGGCAACACUUCAAUGUUUUUAGGUAAAUUAGAAAUUUACUAACGAGGAAAAUCAAGCAAAUAACGUAACGUUUGCAGACUAUCCAUAUAUAAAAAUGAUAAAACACACAAUUUAAAAAUACUAUUUUCUAGUCUAAUAUAUUGCAUACUAAAUCAAAUAAUUAAUUGAUGCAAGUAUAAUUACUACUACAUAAAAAAGAAAUGAAUCGAAUUAAUCUUACUUAGCUAUACAUAUAUAUUAGUGGAACGAGACGAAAACAGGAACAAAAAUCUAAAUGCAGUGCUGUUGAAAUCAAUGAAAAAAUAAACUAAAGCAAAAAAUAACGUUCAUAAAAUAAAAUAUUUCUAAACAAUCUUCACACUUAUCUAUAGAACUAAUACAGAUAGAAAAGUAUGGAGGACGAGCGUUGGAUUUACGUUUUUCGCCCUCCAUAGUUUCUCAUCUUUAUUACACCACUUCGCAAUAGAACGGAACGCCAUUUUAUGUUUCCGACUCUUUACACAGACAUGCGUAACAAAUAAAAUGUAUCACAAGCGAGAGGCAUUGAGCGAAUCUCACCACUACACGCAUACACUACACUACUCAACUGAAUGCAUUAUAGCAAUUGACUUAAAACAAUGAAAACAACUAAUCAAACGAAAAAUAGUGGAAAACCCGAAGUCAAAGCAGAAAAAACCAAAAGCACUUGAUCAAAACUAAGCGAAUCAAAACCGAAAGAAAACGAUAAAGCUGAACAUGGAAACUGAAAUUGCAAUAGAAAAUAGAACCCCAUAGACAGCCCCGUGGCACCGUUCUGGUGAUCAAACACUAAACUAAAUUAAAGGAAUUAAUCAGCAACAGAGUCCCCCAAGGUAGCGAACAGAAAUAGACCUAUUCACAUAAAAGCAGAGUACUGACCAGAGAAAUAAGAAAAAAAAA